AUGAGUCGGUUGAGAGAGAGAAAAAUAUUAGCAGCAGCAGCAGCAGCAGCAGCAGAGAUUGCAGCAGCAGCAAAGGAGGACGGCAACAGCAGCAGCAAAGUGGUAGCAGCAGCAGCAGAAAUAGCAGCAGCUGCAACGGGAGGUAGCAGCUGCGGCGAAGAGAGAGAGCAGCCGCAGCAAAGGGAGAUAGCAGCAAAGCAGCAGCAAAGAAAUAUAGCAGCAGCAGCAGCAAAGAAAGACAGCAGCAGCGAGCAGAGGCAGCAGCAGCAGCAGCGUGAGCCAGAAGAAGAAAAAGAAACGGACAUCGAAGGGACAGCAGCAGCAGCAGACAGCAGCAGCAGCAGAACAGCGGCAGCAGCACGAGAACAGCAGCAGCAGCACGAGAACAGCAGCAGCAGCACGAGAACAGCAGCAGCAGGGGGAGACAGCAGCAGGAGAAGGAGACAGCAGCAGAAGCAGACAGCAGCAGCAGCACAACAGCAGCAGCAGACAGCAGCAGCAGCAGCAGCAGCAAACCUUUCUCUGAUCUUGAAAUUGACACUCAGCCGCAGCACUUUUUCCUGCUGCAGCCACGAGGAAACAUUGCUGCUGAGGGACACUAAAAUGCUGUUCUGCCUGCAGCAGCAGCAGCAGACAGCAGCAGCAGCAGACAGCAGCAGCAGCAGACAGCAGCAGCAGCAGACAGCAGCAGCAGCAGCAGCAGCAGCAGCAAAGAGGAUCUGUUUAGAGUCUCCUUCUGCUGCAGUGACUCUUUUUGCUUCUGCACUUUUCUGGGCUGCUGCUCUAGUGCUUUUAAUUUAA